AUGGCAGAUUGGGAGGAUUCAUACAACCAACCCACCCUUACAGCUUCCUCUGAAAAGUAUGCAAAGCUUGUCCACGAUUCAACCACUCAACUGCACCAAUCUCUUGGACCGGUCCUAUCAGCCUUAGAUCGACGCGGCAUUGGGUUGACAAAGUGUGCCAACUUUGAUGCUGCGCUUCGCGAUGCCAAGCUGAUGCAACAGCUGUCGCCUUCUUCAGCACUUGGAUAUAUACGCGAAGCAGAUAUUUACAGUGAACAGGGGAAACAACGUCAAGUGAUCGAUAUCUGCAACAAGGGCCUGAGUAUGGCCGACACCAUGGAUGAGCAUUAUGAUGAAUUGAAACAAGCCAAAAUGGAUGCUGAGCAACACCAAAGUAAACGGAUCGACUUUAUCAGCCAACUACCAAACGACAUUGUUAUCACAACGCUCAUUCCUAUGUUUAUGGAUCGUUUUCCUCUGCGAUCGGAUAUACCAUGCUCCUAUUUGCAUGUAUCCAAUGUAUGGCGAGAUCGCGUUAUUCAAUGCUUCGAUGGCCUACGUUUUAUGGUUGGAUAUGAUCAUGAUUACGAUGCAGAUACUCUGUCACAAGUCAUUCAGUUUGCUCAGCAUACCAAGACAUUGUCCAUAACGCUGCAUGGCCAUGGAACAUGGCUAGGUGAUUUGCUGCGUGACAAUGACUUUUGCUCGUUAGGGCGGUUAUCCAUUGAACAUUGCAUGAAUGAUCAUAUUGGCCGCUUUGUAACAUCGUUGGAAUCGAUUAGCAAGACUUUGACGCAUUUGAGUAUGAUAUCGGGAAGCAGCCACUUGUCACCACCCAUAGCCACGAUACUGUUGACUUGCCCUCACCUCGUGUCCCUGGAACUUUCUCGGCCUCAUGUUGCUGAUCUCAGCUCUCUUCCCUUGACGACAUGGGCCAAUUUGAAGAAGCUGACUAUUGACGGAGCACAAGAGCCUAUUACAUGCGAGCAAGCCAUAGGGAUUUGGAGACGUUUUCCAUCACUCAAUCACCUUGGACUUAAUCCAUGCUCCGAUAUACAAUCAGCACUCAUUGUUUCCGAUUACCUUCCAUCCAUCAACAGCCUGGAGAUUUCUCCAACUAAUGCGGGCACUCAUAUCGUGUUCAUGAAUCACGGGCCACCCUGUGAGACGCCUAGUAUUACAAAGAUUUCAAUGGAAAGCGUUGGACGGUUGAAUGUUGAUACUUUUGUGGAUAUCGGCUUAUUAUUAAAGCAGCAUCGGAUGACACUUGAGGACUUUGAAUGGGAUGUGGGUGAUACGAGAGACAACAGCGAUAUUUACGACAUUCAAUACCCACGCCUAAAGAAGCUUACUCUCUAUAAUUCUGGAUGGUGGAUACCGCCCAACGCACCAUUACUCGAGGAAUUGACAAUGACAUGGCAAGUAAUCAACGACCAUCCUGCUGUGCUCAACACGAUACCACCCAAUUUGAAAAAGCUAGUUUUGGAUCUUAAAAAAGGACGCAAUGCUGUCAUUGUGUCAGCCACCAAACGAUAUCUCCUUGGCUUUGCUCAGCAUUCCCAUCUUCACGAGCUUAUUAUAAGGUCCCGCAUCGUGGAAAGCAUUAGCAAUAUGAUGGAUGGUACCUACCGCCUUAAUCAGCUUCAGCGAUUGGCGAUCCACAUUAUCAAACCGUCGGAUUCGUAUCCAAAGGAAUUAGUUAUUGACCAACUUGCAAGAGGAUGUCCCAAUUUAACCUGCCUUGAGAUCAAUUGCAAAAAUGGAGUAUCCACCCCAUCAAUCAAUGCUUUGAAACAACUUGGAAAUUUGAAAAAGUGCUCAUUCUCAAUCGAUCGCAGCAAUGAAGAUGGCAUUUGGCAAGCACUUGAAACGUUUACACAGCUCCAAGGGAUCCGUAUCUACCCUGUAAUCCCAUCCAACCUUGCUGGCAUUAGGCAUCUCAAGGAAAAACGACCUGACAUGACCACUUUUCUCGACCAUGUAUUCACGCCCUUCUGA